UGUAACCACAGAGCCUCACACAAACGCACAGCGAGAGAGAGAGGGAGAGAUGGCAGAUUUAGCAGGAAGCAGGAGUGGAGGUUGCGACAACCAGUGCGGGUGUCCAACACCUUGCCCUGGUGGCGUAGCUUGCAAGUGUCGCUCAUCGGGAGGGGGUGGUGCUGUUGAGGGGGAGACGCAGCACAUGCAAUGCUCUUGCGGGGAUCACUGCGGCUGCAACCCAUGCACUUGUCCCAAAUAUAAGGCUUCUAGCGGCGUCGGCAAGGCUCACUGCAAGUGUGGUCCCGGAUGCACCUGCGUUACCUGCGCCUCUUAAUCCUCAGAGAGAGAGAGAGAGAGAGAUUGGUGGUCAGCAUCUGGUCGCAGUACGUAGUCGAUGGCUUAGUAUGUGUUGUAGCAUGUCAGAUGUAUGUGAGUGAAAUACUAAUGGUAUAAUUACGAGAAUAAUACUAAAGGUAUAGACUUUAGACAGAGGCGUCUUCACCUUAAUUAUAUGUA